GUAGAAAAGUUCAAAGUUCAGAAAUAAACAAAGAUACGUCAAAUGUACUUUGUAGGAUUUAUUUGAAGAAAAUGGGUAAUCGUUCAUCUCUGCUUCUACGCGAAGAAGAAAUUGCUCAGAUUCAACAGGAAACUGGAUUUACCCCAAAUCAAAUAGAAAGACUCUACUCUCGAUUCACUUCUCUUGACAGAGGAGAUUGCGGCACCUUAAGCCGAGAUGACUUUCUACGAAUUCCAGAGUUAGCAAUUAAUCCACUGGGUGAGCGAAUCGUCAACUCCUUUUUUCAAGGAGAUGAAUUCAAUGACAGGGUCAACUUCAGGCAGUUCAUGCAAGUUCUCUCUCAUUUCAGACCUGUGAAGAGAAACAAAGACAACAAAUUGAAUUCCAGAGAGGAGAAGUUGCGUUUUGCUUUCAAAAUGUACGAUUUGGACAACGAUGACAUGAUUUCUAAAGACGAACUACUAGCCAUCCUGCACAUGAUGGUGGGAACAAAUAUAAGUGAGGAACAACUCAACAGCAUCGCCGAGAGAACAAUCGUUGAAGCUGACGAAGAUGGUGAUCAGAUGAUAUCCUUCGAGGAGUUCUGCAAGGCCCUCCAAAGGACUGAUGUUGAACAGAAAAUGAGCAUUCGAUUCUUAAAUUAAUUGAAUUCAAUCACAUACAAAAUUUAUUUUCUUUGUGAUUAUUAUUGCCAGAAGUUUUUCUAGACCAUUAUUGUUAAUUUGUACCAAACAUGUAAAAUUGUACAUAAGGUUGUCCCGAAGAACUGUUGAAAUAUCUAAGAAUGAAAUCUUAACAAAACCGAAAUAUACAACAACAAAAGAGUCAAAAUGAAAAAAAUUGUUUCACAAAUUGUGAAUGUUCACGUUUCAACAGUCUCGUAGCUACAGGGUUAUUCUUUUGUUGCUUCUUUUUUUUUCCUGGCAGCUGACUAAGUUACGGAAAUGAUGUAACCUUUUUGAGCCUAUCUCUUGGUGGUUUCUUUCGUACAACCACUAUUUCCCAAUCUUUAACCAGUGACUGGAUUUUAAGAUCGGUAAAUUCACAAAUCUCUUAUAAGUCACCAAAUUGCAUAUACAACUCAUUAUAUAUGAGGGCAGUAAAGUGCUUUUCAUUA